CAAGUUCAAGUCAUCAAUGUCCGCGCCCGAGGAUACCCCGAGGAUACCCCCGAUCAAUCUCCAUGUCCGAUAAGAAAGAUCGACGUUAAACCCUCGUCACUUACCUACAAGCUUGCCAGUCCACCUACUCCCGCCCUAAAGCUCCGCAAAAGCAACACUCCGCACCUCGAAACCACACACGCACAUACAAUGUCUAAUAAGGACUCCCCUUCAACCGACGCCCAAUGGACCGGCGCAAAUGCGACCAAAUUCGAAAAUAAAGCAUACUCGGAGUACUUUGAUCCGUGUCAAGAGGCGGCGCAGAAGAGCAUACGAUGCCUGCACCGCAACGGAGGCGACAGAGAGAUGUGUACGGAUUUCUUCCAGGCAUAUCGGGAUUGUAAGCUACAAUGGACGGCUGCGCGGAAGGAGGCUAGGAAGAAGAGUAGUUGGUUUGGGUGA